UCUAGGGAACCAAAACGAAUAGUGAAAGAAACGCGUACGUCGUUGGAUGAGCAAAAGGCUGCUCAUUGGCUGCACAAAACAGAGAACUCGAGCUAAACUAGCAGCUAGCUAAAUAACAAACAACAUCAGUCAGUUAUACAGCAUCAACGCCCCAGGUUGAAAAGGAGAGAGGGGAGACAUAGCUAGAUUUCCAUAUCCAGUGAGAUUUGCUAAAGCAUGCCGAUGCUGGCAAAGAGGUUAGCUAGCUAGUAGUAGUAUCUGGUUAGACUAACUGCAUUGGCCCCAGCGCCUUCGAUAAAACAAGAUAAGAGCUGAACUGCAGUCAAAGGCUAUAGCCAGAACGGAGUUAUUGGCGUAGCUAACCAUUUCAAUGCUAUUUUUAAACAAGAAGACGUUCGAGCACAAUGUCCUGCUCUGGGAAUCUGGUUUGGGAUGUUAAUAAGCGCUCAAUUGGAUACAACGAACCCAAUCUCGUCAGGAUCAACUACUUGGGGAGAAGAGAAUUUGUCCAGCGGCUAAAACUCGAAGCAACCCUCAACGUGCACGAUGGCUGUGUCAACACCAUAUCCUGGAACGACACGGGAGAGUACAUCCUGUCAGGGUCCGACGACACCAACCUGGUCAUUACCAACCCUUACAACAAGAAGGUCAAGGCCACCAUCCGUUCUGGUCACCGUGCCAAUAUCUUCAGUGCUAAGUUCAUGCCUCAGACCAGCGACCAGCAGAUCAUCUCGUGUUCUGGCGACGGCAUCAUCUACUACACACACACGGAGAAGAGCCCGGAUAUCAACCGGCUGUGCCAGUUCACCUGCCACUACGGUACCGCCUACGAGAUCAUGACCGUUCCCAAUGACCCCUACACGUUCCUGUCGUGUGGGGAGGACGGGACGGUGAGAUGGUUCGACCUGCGCAUGAAGACCAGCUGCACUAAAGAGGACUGCAAAGAUGACAUCCUGAUCAACUGUCGGAGGGCAGCCACGUCCAUCUCCAUCUGCCCGCUGGUGCCCUACUACCUGGCCGUGGGCUGCUCCGACAGCUCCGUACGCAUCUACGACCGCCGCAUGCUGGGCACCAGGGCUACGGGUAACUACAUGGGCCGGGGGACGACAGGUAUGUGCGUGCGCUUCGUCCCGGCCCACCUGUCCAACAAGUCGUGCCGCGUCACGUCGCUGUGCUACAGCGGCGACGGGCAGGAGGUGCUGGUCAGCUACUCCUCCGACUACAUCUACCUGUUUGACCCCAAAGACGACCAGGCCAGGGAGCUGAAGGGGCCUUCUGAGGAGCGGAGGGAGGAGCUGAGGCAGCCCCCAGUGAAGCGUCUUCGUCUGAGGGGAGACUGGUCUGACACCGGGCCCCGAGCUCGCCCGGAGAGCGAGAGAGAACGGGAUGGAGAGCAGAGCCCCAACGUGUCUCUGAUGCAGAGGAUGUCAGACAUGUUGUCACGCUGGUUCGAGGAGGCAAGCGAGGCCCAGAGCAGCCGGGGGACACGCCCACAGACACGCCCCCGAGGCACAUCCCUCCGCCCAGAGGGAGCCCCCGCACCCCCAGAGCCCCCCCCUGCCGCCCCCCCCCAGGAACCCAGGGCCCCCGACAGACCCAUGGAGACGGAAACCCCCUCGGCCUCUGCCCCUCUCCCCAAAUCCACCUCAUCCUCGUCAGGCUUGUCGUCGACGGUUACGGCCCCUCCCCCGUCGACCUCCUCAUCCAUGCCGGGCUUGGCCGCCCUCUCCUCCUCUGCCCUAGUCUCAGAGCAGAGGAGUCAGGGGGAGAGCGCCUCAACAGCCACCCCCCCUGCCAGCCUGGACCCCACACUGUCAGAGUUCGGCCCCCAUCGUCUGCCUGUCAGUUUAGUGUGUAGACGUCUGCAGAGAUUACUGCUGCUGGCCGACCCUCCAGGGACAGGACAGGCCUCCUCCUCCUCCUCUUCCACAUCCUCCUCUUCCAUCUCCUCCUCCUCUUCCACCCUGUCUUCCUCCACAUUCUCCUCCUCCUCCUCAGCCCCCCACCAGUCAGAGGGGGCUCCACCCAAUGCUGACAACGCCAGGAAGUCAUCCCCUACAGAUUCCCCCUCGUCUGUGGUAAACAAACAGCUGGGAUCCAUGACUCUGGAUGAGCAGCAGGGAGGAGCUGAGCCGGGCUGCCUCAGUAGUGCUGUGACUUCUGCUGAAUCGGGACCGGGUCCUGGAGCGGCCGGCGGCUCCGUCGCCCCCGGCAGCAGCAGCGUCGCCCCCGGCAGCAGCAGCACCGGGCGAGCCAGCACGGCAGAACCCGUCCUGAGCCUCCAUUACAGCACGGAGGGAACCACCACCAGCACCAUCAAACUAGACUUCACCGACGAGUGGAGCAGCAGAGCUUCCAGCUCCAGGGGCAGUGGGGGGCCCAAGGCGUCCGACCCUGCUGCCGUCCAGACCAGGGAGGGGCUCGCUCCGCGGAGCUCAGCGUCUGAGACAGCGCCUCCUGCUGUGUCAGAUCCCCCAGGCCAGAGCAGGCCGGCCUCUCACCCAGCCCCGGCAGCUGAAGUCGGGCAGCGCAGCCCCGAGAAGGCCUCCUCCUCCUGUUCCAUCCCCCAGGCCUGCCCAGCCGCCCCCGCCCCGGCCGGAGGCUCCUCCGAGGGGGCCGGCGUGGAGCCCUCCUUGCUGGAGCCUGAGGAUGCGGAGGACACGUCCGGGGGGUGCAGGAGGGAGGAGCCCCCAGGAGAGGGGGGCCCGGGGGGGCAGGAGGGGCCGGGUCAGCCCUCGCGGAGCAACCAGGACUCUGACGACAGCGACGACGAUCCCAUCCUGAUCCCCUCGGCUCGAUACAGAGGAGGACAGGGACAGAGAGGAUCGGCGGUAGGAGAUAGGAUGAUCAGGCGUUCAGCGGCGGCCCGUAUACAGGAGCUGUUCCGUCGGAGGAAGGAGAGGAGGGAGAUGGAGGAGAGCGAGACGCAGAACAUCAGGAGACCUUCAGUAAAGAUGGUCUACAAGGGACACCGGAACUCCAGAACCAUGAUAAAGGAGUCGUGUUUCUGGGGGAACAACUUUGUGAUGAGCGGCUCGGACUGCGGCCACAUCUUCAUCUGGAACCGGCACACGGGCGAGCAUCUUAUGCUGCUGGAGGCUGACAACCAUGUGGUCAACUGUCUGCAGCCUCACCCCUACGACCCCAUUCUAGCAUCUUCCGGCAUCGACUACGACAUCAAGAUCUGGUCUCCUCUGGAGGCGAGCCCCUCCUUCAACAGAGUCCUGGCAGACGAGGUGAUCACUCGUAAUGAGUUGAUGCUGGAGGAGACCAGGAACACCAUCACCGUCCCCGCCUCCUUUAUGCUCAGGAUGUUGGCCUCGCUCAAUCACAUUAGAACAGACCGCUUGGAAGGCGACCGCUCUGAAGGUUCCGGACAAGAGAACGAGGAUGAGCAGUAGCCGGCAGCCAUUUUGUUUGAGGGAGAAAAAAACGACAAACACCUUUUCUUUUGCUCCAAAAAGCACUUGAAAAAUUGAGAUUUGUACAAGUAUAAUGUAGAAUAUUUCCUUACCUGAGCACUAGUUCCAUUUCUAGCCCCCUUCUUUUUUAAGAUGACUUUCUUACUGAGGUUUCUGUAUGAGAAAACGACAUCUGAGGAAAGUGUGUGAAUGCAAUCGUUGAGCAAGACUAUUAUAUUAAGAGAGUUUGAGUAAUAUAUAGGUGACUGGUGUGUGAGGAUGUCUUAAGUGCAAUAUUAUUUUGAUCAGGAGCAAAUGGUCUUUGAUCAGUGUUGGUGUGAGAUUUCGUAUUUGUAGAGCAAGGCAAAUAACUCAACUGUUUAUAUACUGUACUUGCAGUUAUGCAUGUGUAAACAGGAAUUAUGCUUUAAGUAAACCAUUUUGUUGUUGAAAAUA